AUGAGCGCAAAAGCCGAGUCAUUCCCUCAUGUGUGCAGCUUCUGCAACAAGUCAUUUCCAUUUCAGUCGUUGUUGCGAGGACAUGAAAGAAAGCAUACUGGUGAAAAACCAUAUCAGUGUACAUAUUGCGAAAAAACUUUCUCUCAGCGAACCGGCCUCGCCAUCCAUGAACGACGACACACUGGUGUCAAGCCUUAUAAGUGCUCGUUUUGCGAAAAAGCGUUUGCUUCUCAGGGUAACAUGAAAAUCCAUGAACGCCAGCAUACAGGAGUAAAGCCGUAUGAAUGUGAUGACUGCCACAAGCGAUUUGCCACAAUCGGCAGCUUGAAGACCCACGAGAUAUCUCAUACGCACCUGAAGGCAUUUCAGUGUGAGCAGUGCGGCAAGUCUUUCGCCCAUCGCACGUCGCUGUACACCCAUCGCAAGAGGCACAGCUUUUCGCAAGAGCAGGGCGGCGAAAUGAACGCAUCUACCGUCGCUGCCGUCUUAGAAUCACCGAAUUUCAGUGUGUCCAGUUCGACCACCAUCGCCAGCAUUAUUAGCGACGAGGUGUCGACCGACAGCCGGACGGGGGGCUACGGCGGCACUUUAGGGCGAGGAGGUCGUCGCGGAGGGGGCACAGCUGGAACCGGUGUAAAGAAAGAGAAACGAUGGGAGUGCCAAUAUUGCGGAAAGUUGUUCGCGUUCAGGUAUCCGAUGCUGGCGCACGAACGGGUGCAUACGGGUGAGCGGCCGUUCCACUGUAAACACUGUACAAAGUCGUUCUCUCAGCAAACUUCACUUAUCAUGCACGAACGGUCGCAUACGGGUGAACGUCGGUACCAAUGCGACGUGUGCCAGAAGCGGUUUAUCCAGCCGUCGGCUCUGCAUUCCCAUCGCCGCACUCACACCGGUGAGCGACCGUACCAGUGCAAGUUCUGUCCGAAGAACUUCGCGCACGCCACCAGCCUUCGGCAGCACCACAAUGUGCACGUGCGCGAGUCUCUGCUCCUGCAGCAGCAGCAGCAGCAGUCGCCAGGAGUCGCCGGGUUCAUCUCCGUUGCUGCGUCAGGCUCGGCCGUGGCUCAUAGCCACUUGUCGCUGCACGAUCUUGAGCUGCAGGACCGGCUGUCGUCGCAGCACCGACCGAACCAUACGUGUUACUGUGGCAAGUCAUUCACGUAUUUGAGCGCUCUUGAGGCACACAUGCGUUGUCACACGGGCGAGAAACCGUUCCAGUGCCAGUACUGCGAGAAACGGUUCGCGCAGAAAGCAACUUGCCACGUGCACGAACGGACCCACACUGGUCUACGCUGCUACAAAUGUCCCCAGUGCGAGAAGAUGCUGUCGUCGCCAUCAGCGCUAUACACGCACAAGAAGACGCACGGUGAGCGCGUGUAUCCGUGUCCCCUGUGCUCAAAACGUUUUACCCUCAAGAACUACGUGAAGCUGCAUGUACGGCAGGUGCACACCAAGGAGAAUCAGGCCCGGCCAUGCCCGAUUUGUGGCAAGGUGUUUGCCUACGUCGGUAGUCUCCAAGUGCACAUGCGUACGCACACCGCGGUGCAUACGCCGGGGGGCAAGCCAGCUGAGCACCUUUGUAAGUUCUGCAGCAAGAAGUUCUGUUACGCCAGCAGCUUGUACAUCCAUGUCCGGCUCCACACCGGCGAGCGUCCGUUCAAAUGUCGCUUCUGUGCCAAGGCAUUCACCAACCAGGGUAACAUGAUCGUUCACGAGCGUGUGCACACUGGCGAGAAGCCGUACAAGUGCCCGACGUGCGACAAGCAGUACGCACAGAAGGUCGGCCUAAAAAUUCACCUUGAGCAGUGUUCGCAGUACCUGGCCGCGAAGGCUGCCGCCAUGGUUGUCUUGGCCUCCUCUUCUGGACAUGAGGACGACCAGAGCCGUCGACAACUCGAACAACAGCACCAGGCUAAAAAGAGGCGACUUGAAAGUCUGCUGCCAAAGUUGUUUAAUGGCAGAAAUCGCUCAAAACCGGACUUCGCCCAUUCAGUUGUGGCACCUGAAGAGUAA